AUGGCGCGAAGAUACCGCGACGCAGCUGCGAAACUGCAGCAGAAUGUUCACAAGCAUUUAAAAGAAAUGAAAGAUCUCUCAUCAUCUGAAGACGAGGAACCCUACGAUCUCAGUGUAUUAGAUGGUGUGUUCCAGAGUUAUUGGCGAGGUGGUGGCGACACGCAGAUGGUAAACAGGACCAAGAAUCUUCUAGAAGAGGCUUUAAGCGGUCGAUCUAUUACGUGUUUAAUUUGUAUUGGAUCUAUUAAGAGGGCUGACGCUAUCUGGCCCUGCGACAACUGUUAUUCUUAUUUCCAUCUUUCUUGUAUACAAAAAUGGGCAAAUGAUAGUAUAAGUUUGCGUACAGAAGACAUCGGCGCACCAAUCACUGUAAUUAAGCCUAGAAAAAUAGAGUGGUGCUGUCCUAAAUGUAGGAAAUCAUAUAAUAAAGACGAGAUACCUCGCAGAUAUCGAUGUUUUUGUGGAAAGACAGAUGACCCACAAUAUCACCCUUGGUUGGUGCCACACACAUGUGGUGAAGUUUGUGAAAAACAACUUUCAACAGGUGAUAACUGUAAACACAAAUGUUUGUUGCUUUGUCACCCUGGUCCUUGCCCACCAUGUCCCCAAACAAUAAAUAGAACAUGUUAUUGUGGCAAAGAGCAAAAGAGGGUUAGAUGUAGUGCAUCUAAAUGGUCUUGUAACAGACAGUGUGAAAAAAUACUCCCCUGUACUUCACAUAAAUGUGAAAAUAUCUGCCACGAAGGAGACUGCAUGCAAUGUAAUUAUACCAGUCUUCAACCUUGUUUGUGUGGCUCUGAGAAAGUUAAAAGACCAUGCAAUGAUUUGAUAUGGCAGUGUUCCAAAGUUUGCAACAAGCUAUACUCCUGUGAGUUCCACAAGUGUCUUCUUAUGUGCCAUGAAGGUUCAUGUGGUAUGUGUCCUAACUCAGGGCUCAAGUCCUGUCCUUGUGGUGCUAAUCAAAGUUUUGUUCAGUGUCCAGAUAUAAUUGAGACAUGUCUUGGAACUUGUGGAAAAAAGCAAAUACUUUGUGAACACACAUGUCCAGAAAAAUGUCAUAAAGGACCUUGUCCCCCGUGUCAAGUAAUGAUUGACAAGAAAUGUUAUUGUUCUACUCACACUAAAGCAUUGCCAUGUAGCAAAGAUUUUAAAUGUGAUACAAAAUGUAGAGGCACUAGACCAUGUGGUAAACAUACCUGUGCUAGAAAAUGUUGUAAUGGUAACUGCCCUCCUUGCGAAAAAACCUGUGACAAGCCCUUACAGUGUGGGCGCCACAGAUGCUCUAAUAUAUGUCAUGGUGGUCCAUGUUAUCCUUGUCCUAGAGAAUCAAAAGUGACUUGUCGUUGUAAAGAAACAUUUAUUACAGUACCUUGUGGCAGGGAAAAAUAUGUAAAGCCUCCUAAGUGUAACCUGCCAUGUAAAAUUAAGUACAAGUGUGGACAUGCAGAUGAAAAUAUACACACCUGUCAUUUUGGUGAUUGUCCACCUUGUAAAGCUAUUUGCUACAAAAUGUAUAAUAAAUGCAAUCACAGUUGCAAAUCUCUUUGUCAUGAAUAUGUAACAGUUGUUUUCAAACAAGUUGAAAAGCCAGCAACACCAUGGGAGGUUCAACCACCUAAAACUAAAGUUAUGGCAUUAGACUGCCCGCCUUGCGAAACUCCUGUGACUGUUGUUUGCUUUGGUGAACAUGACAAAGAACUGCAGCCAUGCCAUUCGGCGUCUCGUCGUUGCUGUGGUAGGGAAUGCGGCAAAGAUCUGGCAUGUACUAACCAUAAAUGUUCACUUUUAUGUCAUUUAUAUAGUCUUGAUCCUGAUUAUCCUAAUGUGCCUUCUACUUGUAAACCAUGUAAUAAAGGAUGCUCAGUUCCCCGUCCAAAUAAGUGUUCACAUAAAUGUCCUAAAGGAGGCUGCCAUCCUGGUGUAUGUCCACCUUGUGAAAUAUUAGAAAGAAUCAAAUGUUACUGUGCCGUAACAGAGUUAUAUUUACGUUGUAAUGAACUGUCUUUGGGUACUGAGGAGCUAUUAUCAUGUAAACAACAAUGCUCCAGAAAUCUGGAUUGUGGUCAUAGGUGUAAAAAAAAUUGUCACAAAGAGCCCUGUGGCAAAGAUCAAGUUUGUACAAGAAAAACAAAAACAUCUUGCCUUUGUGGGAACUUAAAAAAAGAAGCACCUUGCAAUUUGGUUCGAAAUUCUGAAAUUAAAAUCAAUUGUGAUGCUACUUGUGAAGAAAAAAAGUUGGCAGCAAAAUUAGAAAAAGAAAGAGAAGAGAUGAGGUUGAAAGAAUUAGAGGAAGAAAAAAACCGCAGAGAACUGGAAGAAUAUGAAUGGAAAUUAAGUAGUAAAAAGAAGAAGUAUAAGGAAAAGAAAGUUGUAGUCAUUAAAGACAACAGAAACAUUUUUCAAAAAUAUUGUGUUCCUAUUGUGACAGCAAUGGUUAUAUUUUUUGCAGGAAUUUUGUACACUUUGCAAUAA